AUGGAGAACUCAACCCAAGUCAAGCUCUUUUAUCUCUUUGGCUUACAAGAGACAUUUAUCAACAAAUCGGUCUAUUUUACCUUGUCUCUUAUCACAUACCUUCUCAUCAUCACUGUGAAUCUGACUCUGAUCAUAACAAUCAUUCAGGAGAAAGGCCUCCAUGAGCCCAUGUAUAUCUUUCUGUGUAGUCUAUGUGUCAAUGGAUUGUAUGGAACUGCUGGUUUCUACCCCAAGUUGUUACUGGACCUUCAGUCAGAUGUUCAGGUGAUAUCUUAUGGUGGAUGUUUCACUCAAGCCUAUGUAAUAUACACAUCUGUCAUGUGUGAACUUUCUACUCUAACAGUGAUGUCUUACGACAGGUAUGUGGCAAUAUGCAGACCACUACUGUACCAUACCAUUGUGACAUCUUUAACUGUUAGAAAGUUACUCUUAUUUUCUUGGUGUUAUCCUUUAUUUAUAGCACUCAUAGCACUUAGUUUAGCCGUCAGAAUUCCUUUGUGUGGAUCUCGCAUUGAUAAGAUCUUCUGUGACAUUCCGUCUAUACUGAAACAUGCAUGUUUACCCAUUACAAUCAAUCAAAUGUUGAACAAAUUGACCCUGUUUGACACUUUGCAAGGAUGGAAUAGUAAUUUAAAUAUUACACUAAAUAUGCGCAAUGCAAUGGCUGUACAAUUCCUUGUUAUACCACCUGUCUUAAACCCUCUCAUAUAUGGACUUAACCUCCAGAAAAUUCGAAGGGCAGUUUUUAGAAAGUGUAAUGCACAUAAAAUCAUUGAUAUGAAACGUUAG